AUGUUAGUGGCAAGCUCGUAUUCAGCAGUGUCCAAUAUUGAGUUGAUGAUUUUGCAUGCCAGUGCACUGAGUGCGUAUGUAAAAAGCGUUGUUGCAAGAUCGGAUGAUUCUUCAUCCCAGAUGUUAGUGGCAAGCUCGUAUUCAGCAGUGUCCAAUAUUGAGUUGAUGAUUUUGCAUGCCAGUGCACUGAGUGUGGUAACACGUGAGCAUGAGGCUCUGGUUGUCGAGCGCUCGCUUCUCGAACGGGAGGCACGUGGAUCGAUGCCAUGCAUCUCCGGCGUGAUCAUGCUACGAUGA